UGGAAAGCCAUACCUUUAGGGAUUUUUCUUGCUCUGCUAUGCCUUCUGACCAUUGUAGGUAACGCUAUGGUAUUACAUGCCGUUCGCACAGAGAAGAGACUUCAAACGGUCAGUAACAUGUUCAUCGUCAGCCUGGCAAUAGCCGACCUCGUGGUGGGUUUAAUAGUUAUGCCAAUCAGCGCCAUCUACAUUUUUACUGAGGACUGGCUGUUCGGAGUUGCAGUGUGCCAGAUAUGGAUUGCAGUGGAUUAUACAGCCAGCACAGCUUCCAUUUUCAACCUCUUUAUCUUGAGUCUCGACAGGUACUGGUCGGUUACCUCCCCUUUGCGAUAUAUCAGACGGCGGACAAAAAAGAGAGCGUUGAUUAUGAUUUCAAUAGUGUGGUUUGCUUCUUCCUUGUGGCUUAUACCUAUCGUCGGCUGGCAUCAGUUCGCCCAUGGGGGAAAGCGGACUGUACCUGGCAAUGUCUGUGAUACUGAAUACGCUAAAAAUACUGUAUUUAAGAUUGUCACGGCAUUUUUUAAUUUUUACCUACCACUAGCCGUUAUGUAUACCCUUUAUGGCAAAAUAUUUCACGAAAUUAGGAAACGGUCAGAGUUUGAAUUGGGGCAACGAAAUGUUGGCGGCAUGGCCGCAAAUAGCACGACAGUGAAUACGCAUGUAGCACCUAUGGAAGACAGUGACCAGAAGAACGACACCUUUGGAGACGACACCACUCCUCCAUCAUUAUGUGCAGAAGAAGGAACAAAUGACAAUUCUUUAAAAAAGUCAGAUUAUAAUGUCGACAUUCAGGAAGGAGAAUUACGAAAAUCUAAGUCUGGAAAAUCAGGAUAUACUGCAAUUCCUCUAAUUGCUACAAAGCAGAAAGCCAAAACAAAAGAUAAAUCGAAAAAGGGAGAUAACCAGUAUCAAGUGGAAUAUGUGUACGAUGAAAAUGUUGUUGAUCCACAAACGGAAAAAGUGGAGCGAUUUUUCUACGAAGAUCACGUUCCUUUAACGCCACAUUUUGCUAACGUUAUGUUUAAUCCUGCUGCGUUAGCGGAAACAUCCCUUUCUGCUCCGGCGCCUUCUCCAAGCAGUGCGUGUAGUGGAAAUAAUGGUUGUAGGAAAGAAGAGAGACAUAAAACAGCGAAAAGUCUGAGUGGAACGACAAACACACAAAAGACGCAUUCAAGACCUAAAGAGACUAAGAAGAAGAGAGAUCACAGAGAGCACGAAGCGUUGCUUAAGCCCGGUGGAACGGUCACUGCUAAUGCUGCUCUCCAGCGGAGACCUCUACGCAGGCAAGAGAGCGAUUUUAAUCUCCUGAGGGAUCAAAAGAAUCGGAGACUGACCACUACGGUUUUUAACUUCAAAGAAAGAGUGCGAAUCGUAAAGCAAACCUCUUCUCUGUCCAAGGAAAUUAAGGCAGCCCGUCAGCUUGGUGUGAUCAUGGGCGCAUUCACCCUCUGUUUCCUGCCCUAUUUUAUUCUCUUCCUUGUUGUGGCAUUCUGCGAUGGAUGCGUGGAGCCGGACCUGCUUACUGCAAUGACGUGGAUUGGAUAUAUGAACUCUACUUUGAACCCUUUCCUAUACCCCUUAUGCAACGCCAAUUUUAGGCGUAAAUUUAGAAAAAUGCUACAAUUUGGCGCUCCUCUUCGAAAACGAUUUGAACCGUUCGAUAGAAAUAGUUUUACAACAGCAAACAAGUACGACUGA